GCAUCUUGCAUCAGCCUGUGGACGUCUGCCUACCGCCCGGCUCCUUCACCGGCAAAGUGGAAAAGGAAGCGUUUCACAACAAAUUCUUUUUUGGGGGGGGUUGGGGGAACGUGGUGGAUUAUAACUCUGUUUUCAUCUCUCCACCUCCGUGUGCUCCUCCUGGAUGAACGACAUCUACAAGAGGUCUGCGGUCUCAUGCUCUAGAAAGUUCCAAGGCUGGUGUCUUGAUGCAAAGACGUUGCGACGACUGAAGACACACAGAAGCCAGUGGUCAUCGAGGGUCCCGUUCCUCAGAGAAUGUCCUGCACCCAUGGACGCUCCAGUUCUGACACUGUCUUCUGAGAUGACCCCGAUUCCCAGAAUGCCCUUGGUGCUACUCCUGCUGCUGCCCAUCUUGAGUUCUGCAAAAGCUCAGGUUAAUCCAGCCAUCUGCCGCUAUCCUCUGGGUAUGUCAGGAGGCCACAUUCCAGACGAGGACAUCACAGCUUCCAGUCAGUGGUCAGAGUCCACAGCCGCCAAAUACGGAAGGCUGGACUCAGAAGAAGGGGAUGGAGCCUGGUGCCCUGAGAUCCCAGUGGAGCCUGAUGACCUGAAGGAGUUCCUACAGAUUGACUUGCACACCCUGCACUUUAUCACUCUGGUGGGGACCCAAGGGCGCCAUGCUGGGGGCCAUGGCAUUGAGUUUGCCCCCAUGUACAAGAUCAAUUACAGCCGGGACGGCACUCGCUGGAUCUCUUGGCGGAACCGGCAUGGGAAACAGGUGCUGGAUGGGAACAGUAACCCCUAUGACAUUUUCCUGAAGGACUUGGAGCCGCCCAUCGUGGCCAGAUUUGUCCGCUUCAUUCCCGUCACUGACCACUCCAUGAAUGUGUGCAUGCGGGUGGAGCUUUAUGGCUGUGUCUGGCUAGAUGGCCUGGUGUCUUAUAAUGCUCCAGCUGGGCAGCAAUUUGUCCUCCCCGGAGGCUCUGUCAUUUAUCUAAAUGAUUCUGUCUAUGACGGAGCUGUUGGGUACAGCAUGACCGAAGGUUUGGGCCAACUCACAGACGGGGUGUCAGGCCUGGACGACUUCACUCAGACCCAUGAGUACCACGUGUGGCCAGGCUACGACUACGUGGGCUGGAGGAAUGAGAGCGCCCCCAGUGGUUACAUCGAGAUCAUGUUUGAAUUUGACCGCGUCCGGAAUUUCACCACCAUGAAGGUCCACUGCAACAACAUGUUUGCUAAAGGUGUGAAGAUUUUUAAGGAGGUGCAGUGCUACUUCCGCUCCGAAGCCAACGAGUGGGAACCUAAUGCCGUGUCCUUCCCCCUUGUCCUGGAUGACGUCAACCCCAGUGCUCGCUUUGUCACGGUGCCCCUCCACCACCGCAUGGCCAGCGCCAUCAAGUGCCAGUACCAUUUUGCUGACACCUGGAUGAUGUUCAGUGAGAUCACCUUCCAAUCAGACGCCGCUAUGUACAACAACUCUGGAGCUCCGCCCACCUCCCCCGAGGCACCCACAACCUACGAUCCGAUGCUUAAAGUGGAUGACAGCAACACUCGGAUCCUGAUCGGCUGCUUGGUGGCCAUCAUCUUCAUCCUCCUGGCCAUCAUUGUCAUCAUCCUCUGGAGGCAGUUCUGGCAGAAGAUGCUGGAGAAGGCUUCCAGAAGGAUGCUGGAUGAUGAAAUGACAGUCAGCCUGUCCCUGCCCAGUGAGUCCAGCAUGUUCAACCACAACCGCUCCUCAUCGCCAAGUGAGCAGGAAUCCAAUUCCACUUAUGAUCGCAUCUUUCCCCUUCGCCCUGACUACCAGGAGCCGUCGAGGCUGAUACGAAAACUUCCAGAAUUUGCACCGGGGGAGGAAGAGUCAGGCUGCAGUGGUGUUGUGAAGCCGGCCCAGCCCAGCGGGCCUGAGGGGGCACCCCACUACGCCGAGGCUGACAUUGUGAACCUGCAGGGGGUAACCGGAGGCAACACCUACUCAGUGCCUGCUGUUACCAUGGACCUGCUUUCAGGAAAAGACGUGGCUGUGGAAGAGUUCCCCAGGAAACUCCUAACGUUCAAGGAGAAGCUGGGCGAAGGCCAGUUCGGGGAGGUUCAUCUCUGUGAAGUGGAGGGGAUGGAAAAGUUCAAAGACAAAGAUUUUGCCCUAGAUGUCAGUGCCAACCAGCCUGUCCUGGUGGCCGUGAAAAUGCUCCGGGCAGAUGCCAACAAGAAUGCCAGGAACGAUUUCCUUAAGGAGAUAAAGAUCAUGUCGCGGCUCAAGGACCCCAACAUCAUCCGCCUCUUGGCCGUGUGCAUCGCCGAGGACCCUCUGUGCAUGAUCACCGAGUACAUGGAGAACGGGGAUCUCAACCAGUUUCUUUCCCGCCACGAGCCCCCCAGCUCUGCCUCCAGCAACGUACCCACCGUCAGUUAUGCCAACCUGAAGUUUAUGGCCACCCAGAUUGCCUCUGGUAUGAAGUACCUUUCUUCUCUUAAUUUUGUCCACCGAGAUCUGGCCACACGAAACUGCUUAGUGGGGAAGAACUAUACCAUCAAGAUCGCCGACUUCGGGAUGAGCAGAAACCUGUACAGCGGGGACUACUACCGGAUCCAGGGCCGGGCAGUGCUCCCCAUCCGCUGGAUGUCUUGGGAGAGCAUCUUGCUGGGCAAAUUCACGACAGCGAGUGACGUGUGGGCCUUUGGGGUGACGCUGUGGGAGACCUUCACCUUUUGCCAGGAGCAGCCAUAUUCCCAGCUGUCUGAUGAGCAGGUUAUCGAGAAUACUGGAGAGUUCUUCCGGGACCAAGGGAGGCAGACGUACCUGCCCCAGCCUGCCAUUUGCCCUGACUCUGUGUAUAAGCUGAUGCUUAGCUGUUGGAGAAGAGAUACCAAGCACCGCCCUUCAUUCCAGGAGAUCCACCUUCUGCUCCUUCAGCAAGGGGACGAGUGACGCUACCACUGCCUGGCGACAUUCCGAUGGCCCAGGUCCUUCUCACGAGACCUACCACUCACCCACGCCUAAGCCACUCCAUCUGGACGUUGAAUGGGCCCGGAGACAGAGGCUCAUUCUCUUCUCUGUCUCUGUCCCCGGCCUGUCUUCACUCCACUCCCCCACUCUCUACCCCUGACCCAUAUAUACUCUCUCUCUUUUUUUUUUUUACAUUAAAGAACUCAAAAAGAAAAAAAAAAAGCCUAGGGCAGGUAAAAUCUAGUAAAGAAAUCUUACUUAAUAUACCAAAGUGUUGGAUAGCAAGCUAGACAAGUUAGAUAAUUUAUAAAGGUUAAAUAUGCUAUGUUUAUAAAUGUGCAGAUGCUACCAUAUUUUUUUCAUGUCACUUUUCAAAAUGUAUCUUCAGAAAGAAAAACUUGAAGAACACUAAUGUCUUAGGGAAUGUGGGGUUAGGUUUAGGGAAGACACUCGGUAAGUGUGGAGAAUCAGAUGAGAGGGUUGGUAUUCAGUAGCUGAUCGAAGAUUUCUUCGUUUCCUCAGUUGGCCUCCAGACAUGUCCUACCCUCUGCCUUUCCUUCUCCUGUCGAAGUAAAUGAUACACACUUGAAGAACUCCAGGUUCUCAGAAUGGGCAUUUGGUUCAUUUUGUGGACAGGGUCAAAGGUGCCGUCUAUACGCAUCGGAAGGACAAAGGGUGGGUGUGGGAGAGACUGUCCAGGGCAAGGCUGUGCGAAUGGGAAUCGCCAUUUGCCAGAAAAGUACCUCGUGCGUGAAAGGGUUCUUGGAUAGAGAGUGGACACAGGAAAAGAGGUCUGGGGGGACAGGUGACAGGUGUGAUUUCUGCGGAGGGUCCGCCGCUUGCUCGGAUAUUUUAGGUGUGUGUUUCAGUAAGAGCCUGGUAUUGAAUCAGUAAAGACUGGUGUUUUGAUAUCUGGGCCGUGGGCCCUUUAGUUCAUCUUCUCCAAGUCCUUCAGCUCUUUUAUUAGUUGCAUCCCUAGGGCCCCCAUGGGCUUGGGGGUGACUUUCUCUGGCACAAAUAUCUGAAGGCCAUCGUGUAGAAUAGGGAGUAGAUCUGUUCUGAGUGUUUCCAAAAUGUUGACCUAGGGCCAGAGAGGGAAAGUUGCAAGGAGAUAGAUUUCCACUCUUUAUUAGAGAGAGCAUAGCCACCAGCAGAACACACAAGGGUGAAUGGGCCACCUCCAGAGUUGGGGAGGGUCCUUUGUCACCAAAGAGCUUCAGAUGCAGGCUGAGGAACUAGGCAAGAAAGAGAUAGGCUUCCAAACACAGGGCAGAUGGCUGUGAGAUGAAGUUUAAUGUCCUUCUGAGCCUACGAAUCCUUGAUAGCAGAGAGCAUGAGAGAGAAACCCUUCACCGCCCCUGCUUCGUGUAGACACCCUUGCCCCAGGGGUGGUAUGGCCAGCAGGACAGAAAUCGUGGGGCUCUGAGUUCAGAAGCCACAGAAACUGAUAUACUGUCAAGUAAGAGUCUCCUCGGAACAGGUGGUGAGGCCCCAGAUUUAAUGGGAAGCAGAACAAGGGACCCUUCCAUUCCCUCUGAGGAACAAGAAAAGGUUACAGAACAAGUUUCCCCAGUGUAAGCGGCCCUGGGGCUGCUUCUGUAGCCCUGGCCCGGUUUCCCUGUGCACAGUGGCUCAGGGCCUUGACUUUUCUCCCUGGGUCAGCCUUUAGCAUCGCUCCAGGCUACCGCAGAAGAAAGUGCCCAAUCCCCCAGACGGUCUUGUGACUCUAGCAGACACCUUCUCCCAUAGCUGCCCCUGGACUCUGGACUCCAGUCUCCACCAGGGCUAACUCGGGCAACAUCGCUGGCUUAGGAGUCAGGAGAGCAUUGGCUUGGGAGCUCUGCUCCUACUUCUGCCUCAAGCCAAGUGUGUCACUUUGGACGGGUCACUUCACCUUCCUGGACCUUACUUUCCCUGGCUGUCAAAUGCGAGGAUGGGAUUAGAUGGCCUGGAAGCCCCUCCCAGUUCUGAGAGGUCCAGUGCUGGCUGGGUAAUUGCGUCUGGAGUUGAUGCAGACCUGUUAUCUGGUCAUCUCUUGCUCUGAAAAUCGUGGUCAGCAAAGCAAUGAUGCGGGGAACACACUAGAAUAGUCACAGUAACAGCAGCUACCUGUACAGCGCUUUCAAGUUCAUCAGGCAUGUUCCGUGGACAUGAUCUCACCUGAUAUGUGCAGGGCCAGACGCUUCUCCUGUGCUCAGGACCCGUCACUCUGCUUUCAUGAAAGACCAGUGUUGACUUCAUGUAUUGGAGACCUCUCUAGAGAAAUAGAACCAAUAGGAUAUUAGUUACCAAUAGGACACACACACACACACACACACACACACACACACACACACACAUGUCAUAAGGAAUUGGCCCAUGUGAUGAGGGAGACUCAAAAGUCUCACAAACCGUCCCCUGUAGCUGCAACCCAGGAAAGUGGGUGGGGGCCUGGUUCUGGGAAAAUGGAGGGCAGAAGCCUGACAUUCAAGUUCAGCAGUCAGGCAGAGAGAGCAAACUCGCCCUCUGUCGUUUUCAUCUUUUCCAGAUGUGCCCACUCGGGGAGAGGGCAGUCUGUUUCAUUCAGUGCACCCAUUCACAUGCUAAAGUCCCCUGGAAACACCCUCCCGGGCCACCCAGAACUCCUGUUUCAUUUGGGCACCUUGACACGCACAUUUAGUCACCUCGCUGCAGGUGAGAUCCGGGCCUGUCCUCCUGUAUCUGCCUGCCUCUGGUAGGGCCACAUGCAGACUGAGCCCAUGACCUUGGAUGUGGCCAGAGAGAAUAACAUCAUUUCCCUGUCUGUGCCUAAUCUCACCUCUUCUUCUUUUCACACUUCCGCCUCAGACCACUGGGUGCAUUCCAUGAUCCCAAUCAUAUUGGAGGGAAACUGAGUGUGUCUGGAUUUUCCUGGCCUUGAACCACAGAGUAAUCUGUUUCAAGUGGCAAGCGUGGACCGUCACAUACUGUUAUCCUUUCUUGGGAGGAGAAAGCUUAUUUAUUCUCUGGCACUGAGACUGUUACGUUGGAGACCCUGGGCUAGCUUCUAGCCUGGCCGUGCCGGCAGAGCCUCACUGCGCCGACCAGAGACACCCAAUAGCAUGCCACGGUGAAGGCCUCGUACGUAGAAAUUAAAAGUAGCUCAUGCUUCAGUGAGAAGGAUGUAGCUGGGAACUUUUAGAAAAGGGGACAGGAAAAGGGACAGCCAACCAUAGAGGCCUUGUCAACCUUCGUAGAGAGUCACCCCCUUCGUGAUAGGUAUGAACUCCUUCAUGUGUUUGGGGAUCCUCAGACUUAAGGUGACACUUUUGCUGGCUGAUGUGCUGAUAACUAGGUCCAAGCCUUGAUGUGCUGUCCAGACACUUGUGCAAUCAGAAAAGAUCAGGAAUGGAAGGAGCCACUGAGGGGAAAAUGUGGUUCUGAUGCUGUGGAAAGAUAACUUAUAAGCUCACUAGACAGUAUAAUGAAGAGCAUUGUAUGGAAAUGGAGUAAGAAAAAAAAAAAGGAAAAAUGAAUGUGCAUGUACCUGAGCAGGGAGGCAGGUGGGGACCAGGAAGAAGGCCACAUAAAAAAGGUAAGGGAGAGUGCAGGGGAAGGACCCCAGCGGGUCAGGGUGGCAAGGGAGAACCCGGUGGUGCGGGAGAGAAUCGAACUGAAGUGUGAGAGCAGAACUCAGAAGAGAGAUCCGAGAGAGGGCAGAGAAAGUACGUGUCUUGAAGAUAAAGAUAAAUAUGUGUAGAGAAAGAAAUCCCGGAUGAUAGAGAUGAUCAAUGUAUUUAUUAAAAAAACGAAAAGUCAGAAGCAGUGUAGGAAAAGUAAGGGAGCUUUUCAGAGUUUUUGGAAAGUGAAAGUUCUUACAAAAACUCGGAGGCAAUUAUCAGGGAAUGCUCUAACUUCAGAGGAGGCGGGUGAGGGGCGCCCCAUUGAAGUGUAUUCUGGACCCCACUGGCGCUGGGGUAACGGCGGUGGGAAGAAGUCAUUUCUUCGCCUGAACAGGCCUGUGUUUCCCAAGUGCUGCUUUGGAAAUGAUUUACGGCAGCGGUUCACGGGGCUUUGUGUCCCUCCUCUUGCUUCUGUUAGUCAAAUGCAUUUAGAAUGAUGCCCACCACUGCUGCGCCCAGAAGAGCCACAGGGAAACGGCGAAAUAAUAGGCUGACGUUAGACAAGACCAAACCUCACCUGAUAGCUACACAGAGAGGUGAGCGCCAUGUUGGAGCCGUGCGUUUUUCUAGUCCCUUCCAGACUUCCCACAAGGAAGCCAUGAUGUGGGGCUAGGCCGUGGGUUUUGAGGAAAGGGGGAACGGAAGAAGGGGAGUGUCUUCAAGAUGGAAUGAGGAAGAGGUUCCAAGGAAAGAUUCUAAAACAGAACAGAAUCUGCUUUGCCCCAAACUGAAAAUAAAAUGAAGAAAAUUACAUUUAGGGCUUAGAUUACUUCCAACAUAUGGUCAUGAAGCCUUUGAUCCUAACUGGAAUUUUUAUACCUGCCAUCUUGGCCUUUUCAGGAAGGCCUCUAAUCUCUGGCCGUGUGUACGGUAGGUCCCUAAACAUUUCUGGAAUAUGGAUUGCAGAUUCUGAUCUAUGCUGGCAAGUCCCUCUUGAAUUGAAACUUAACAUUUUUGUAGAAACAGAUGAAUGCCUUUUCCACUUGGUCGAUUUCUUGGAAUGCUGAAUCAAGAAAGAUGGAAAGAGACCAGAAUGGUCAAUGGUGUUUGGAUUUCUGGCAUUUUGAGUUCUCUGGCACAAUUAGCUGCAUUGCUUGAUGGCAGACAAGCGGUGGGUAAUUAUUUACUUGCUGUUUUCUUUUAUUUAAAAACUUGUAAUUUUGAAAUACUUUAAGACUCACAAGAAGUUAUAAAAAUAGAAGAGCGGCUUUACCCUAACACCAGGCUUCCCCCACUGAUAACAUCAGACAUAACCACAGUCUCUUUUCAAAACCAGAAAAUUGACGUUUGUAAUACAGUUCAUUGAACUGCAGGCCUUACUCGCAUUUCACCAGAUUUUUACAUGUAUUUAUGUCGUUUCUGGAUACUUUAUCUCUUUCUGAUUUGUAACCUGGCCUUGCUUGGAUGCAUCAGGAAACGCACUAUCCAGAUACAAUCUUACAAAAUUCUAGAGAGAAUAUAACAAAUGAAUGUGUUCCUUUAUCAAUAUGAAAUAUCCUGCCUAGACUGGCACUUCCACAUUUUCUGACUAGUUUGGCUGUUUAGUAUCUGGAACAAUCCAAGAACAACUAAGAAGGAUUUGGAAACACUGAAGAGUGAGACCUGCACGUAGCUUGCUGGCUAGAGAAUCAGGUGUAGGAGGUUCUAGAUGAUGGUUCCUGCAGUUCCUACAAGUGAGUAGGAUUUGUAAUGGUGGCAAGCAGGGGACAGAGGGCAAACCAGUCUCUUGGUCAAGAGCUGGGCAGACUUCCUUGAUGGCAGGGCUGGCUUGUGGAAGGAACAGAGAACGGUAGCAUAGAGCCCCCUCAUGUGUGAUGAAACACAAUGUUCAGAGUAGUACAGACACUUCAUUUGCCUAAAUAUCAAUUCUUGAAUGGCAGGUACCUUGGACCAAAUUAAAUUUAAGCACAGAAGCAAGCUUGGGGGAGGUUGAAACUCUGGGUUCGUGGAUCACAGCUGUGAGUUUUGUGAUGGCAUCUUAACGUGCCCUAUUUAAGGGUCACAAGGUGAUAACUGGGUUCAUACUGCUUCCCCAUGUCCUAUAAAGUUCCAAGCACAUAGCGAGCACUCAAUUAAUAUUUGCCAAGUGUUGUUAUUUGAAUGAAUAAAAGAUAGAAACCGAAACUUGUCAUCCAGCAUGCCUGGGGUGAAUUUAGGAAGAAUUGCUUUGCUGUAUUGUAGAUGGUUUGUUUCCAAACGAAGAGAGAGAAAAAAGUGCGCAGACUUGUACCUGGUGAAGUUCCUUCUCCAUUUGCAUAUUUCCUAAUGAUGACAUCCAUUAAUGGAAUGGAAAUACCUCGUUCUUUGAGGUGUUUAGACAGCCAUGCAAGGCAGCUGUCUGCAAUGCACCCCAAACCCAGCCCAUCUGAAACAGGCUUCUUGGUUUCUCCUGCAGACACCUGGUCAUGAACUUGUACGGGAGAAGGGUCCGCGUCCCCAGCCAACCUGUGCUUACCCACAUUCACAAUUGCGUCUAAGGGGAGACUUUGCAAAAAGACUUGGGGGGGGGGCGGGAAGCACAGCGUGAUAAGGCUAUUACUUUGACUGAAACCCUGUUUUCUUGCAAAGAGGCUUGGAAAUAGUUGAAAUUGGGGAUUCCUGUAAACACACUCACAGGUUGGAAUCUAGCCUGUUCGUUGUAUGCCCUUUACUGCUCAUGCUGCCCUGUCUCUUCUACCCUGUUGUCCGGUAACUUUUCCUGAGGGUUGAGUUUCUGAAUCAACACCGCUCACUCUUCCUACGAGGAGGGAUGACCUGAGCCUCAUUCUGGAGGCUUUGGAGGAUGACAUGUCUCGUCAAGGGGUCAAGAGCAAACUGAUUGAUUUCUGCUUGAAACUAGCAUAGUCAUUCCAAAACAGAAUACGUAAAAGUCCUCUGUAUUAGAAAAGGAAACAAGAUACCAAUUGUAUAUUUUCUUUAUUUAUUCUCUAAGUCUGUCAGAUGAUAAAUUGUAAAUAACAGUGAUUAAAGAAAUAUGCUACUGAUG